AUGUUGAACCGUACUAUUGGGGUCGCAGAAGGAUGUACGGAUGCGAAAAAAUUCCAGGAUGUUGGUUAUCUGGAUAACGCUCGUGUAAUAUUGGAAAUUGGAAAUGUUCGAUAUAUCCAUGCCAACUACGUAUCAACUCCGUUGAACUCAAAGCGAUUCAUUUGCACACAGUAUAAGAAAGAACGGACUGAAUUAAACGCACGCUCUUUCGCACUUGCACCGCUUCCUAAAACAUGUCUUCAUUUCUGGCAUAUGGUAGUGCAAGAAAGGUGCAGCGCUAUACUCAUGCUUUGUAAUUUCACAGAAAAGGACGCUAACAAGUGCGCUGAUUACUUGCCAAUUCAUGAUGGACAACCAUUAACGUUAGAAGGUGAUGUGUUAGCGGUCUUCAGAAGGGAGGAAAAGUUCGCCCUCCCAUUCAGUACCCGUGUGCAAGUGCAAAUGACACGACUAGAUAUUGCCUUACCUGGACAACCGGUUCACACGUGCACGCACUACCACUGGUUGGAAUGGUUCGUGGAUCGUGGUGUUCCUGAAGUGGAUCUCGCCCCCGUCGCUUUACUCGACAGUCUCAAAGAAUGCACAUUUCAGACCGAACAUCAAUACUUGUACAUCCACCAAGUGUUGCUGCUGCAUUUGAAACAAGCUAAAUAUCUCGACGACUCGAUAGCAGCGCACCUCGAAGCGUUCACUAUGGAUUACCGAAAAGCCACUCAGGGAGAAGAGGAAACCCGUUCUAUUCAACAAAAAUCAGUGCAGCAAAAGUUGGUGACAAGAUAUCCACUUUCGCUGUCAUCACAAAUUAUAGUAGCAGAUCGGGCAACCGUGGAGGAAGGAACACGCCCUACAUCGAAAGCUGCAAAAAAGGCACAAGUCAAAGUAUUUGUCGAAGAAACACUUCGAAAAGGCGUAAAAGGUUUAAUUGCCGAGUUUAAAUCGAUGAAACGUGUGAAUGACUUCACGAAGAUGACCGAAUUUGUGGCGCAAAACCCCCAAGGGCGGAAUAGAUAUAAAGACGUUGGGUGUCUGGACAACGAUCGUGUAAUCAUAAGAAUCGGCCCUAUUUCUUAUAUUCAUGCCAACUAUGUAUCGUCUCCGACGGUUCAGAAACGUUUCAUUUGUACACAGGCACCGCUCCCAAAAACAUGUCCGGAUUUUUGGUAUAUGGUUGUUCAAGAGAAAUCCGUGGCGAUUCUCAUGCUUUGCAAUUUUGUUGAACAAUUAACAUUACAGAAUGCGAAUAAGUGCGCUGAGUACUUCCCUCUUGACGAAGACAGACCAUCCUCUUUUGAAGGUGUGACAGUAGUUCUGAAGAAAAAAGAACAGUUCCCGUUCCCGUUUGAGACUCGGGUUCGAAUUAUGGUUCGCACGCUGGAAGUGAGUGUGCCGGGUCAACCACUACACACCUGUUUGCAUUAUCACUGGCAAGAUUGGCCGGAUCGCGGCGUGCCGGAUGCCGACCUUGCUCCAAUCGUGUUACUUUCGAAACUUAAAGAAAACACUGCACCAAUCAUCGUUCAUUGUUCGGCCGGUAUCGGUCGAACGGGCUCCAUUGUACUUAUCCAGCACGCUAUGGAGUUGUUACAUCUACCGGCACCACUACUUGAAAUUUCCUCCUACCUUAUCGGACUUCGCAAACAAAGAAACAAUAGCAUUCAGGUAUGUUAG